ACUCAAUAUUAUUUCGAAUCGCCAGAUUCUCUCUCUAUCUUUCUCCAUUAUAUAGAGAAGAAGAUCCAUCACGCAUAACUUGUGAAUUCCCGACGAUCAGUUACUUACUUACGAUGUCAUCCAUCAGCGACGUGGAGAAGGUUUUCAACAAGUUCGACGCCAAUGGCGACGGCAAGAUCUCCCAAUCGGAACUCAGUGCGAUCCUGAAAGCGCUCGGUUCAGAGACCUCAGCAGAGGAGGUAAAUCGCGUGAUGUCCGAAAUCGAUAAGGACGGCGAUGGAUUCAUCGAUAUGAAUGAAUUCAAGGAUUUCUACUGCGCCGUCGAUGAAGUAAGCGCCAUUGAUAAGAAUAAGGAACUUAGAGACGCGUUCAGCCUGUACGAUCGCGACGGAAAUGGUCUGAUCUCUGUAAGUGAAUUGCAUUCUGUGUUGAAGAGCCUCGGUGAGAAAUGCUCGGUGAAAGACUGUAGUCGGAUGAUUAGGUCCGUCGAUGCCGACGGUGACGGUCACGUCAAUUUCGAAGAGUUCAAGAAGAUGAUGUCUAAAGCUGCUUCUUGAUCAUCAUCAUCAUCAUGAUUCAUGACGGCCAGCCAAAAGGUAGAUAACAAAUUAGGGUUAGGGCUAUUGUAUUGUUCAAUUCAAUACCUCUUUCGCUAUUAUUAGAUCUAUUUCUUAAUUAAUUAACUGUUUAAUUAGGUUUAACAUUAUUAUUAUUAUAUUAUUAACUAU